AAAAAAUAUUAUUUAUGUAGAUAUAAAAAAACAUGUCACAAAAUACAAAUAUCUGAAUAAUUAUAUGGGAAUUAUCGGCUAUUAUGUACUUAAAAUGUCAGGUGGAUAUUCCAAUUUAUGUACUAUUGAUUCUCUUUUUCUUGUAGCAGUAAUGAAGAAUAAAUAACAAUCAGUGACAGUACGAUUAGAUCUAUAUACACAUUUCUCUUCAUAGCUUUACAUUGCGCAAAGCAAUUAGGAUUAUAAAGGCGAUAGGCGAAAACAUUAUACAAUGAGUCGUGAUUAGCGUAAAUAGCGUUCAUUUUCGCAAUUCGCAAAUUUUAUAAGAACAAUUUUUCCAUAGAUAAGCUAUGUAUAACUAUUUCUAAUUGCAAGAAUAAAAUAAAUAUUUGUUUUGACGAUUUUUCUCUACAUUACUUGUACUUGGCGCAUGCGAUAAACUUCUUUAAAAAAAAAGGAGCUUUCUCUCGGAAAAUAAUUUUAAUACAUGUAGUAGUGAUAGUAUCAUAUGUAAAAAAUAUACGAGAGGUAAAUCAUUAAAAAAGGUACGAGAACGCAGCUCCAGCGUGACAAUUGUUCUAGAUGCACGAGCAUCAUCAACCGUUUCGUUCUCUUUAAUCCUAACAGAACAUUUCUGCUGGAAAUAAUAGCGUCUCCUGCAGCAUAUUCGUUGUCCAUUGUCAGACAGUUUCCGAAUUACAAAUGUGCAAGAAACAUAGGUGUGUAGAAGCUAGAAAAGUUGGCAUAUUACUCAUUUAAAUACAAAUCGUGGAUGAAGAUGAAGACUUUUCUUCGCGGAUGAUAAAAGGCCAAAGAUAACAUAUAACGUUUGUCCUUAAAUAUGUUUGCGCGCAACAUAUUUUGCGCUCUAUAUUUUAUAAUACUUUUUUUAAAUAUUAAUGUGGCAGAAUGGGUGGACAUGCCACAAUUUUCGGACGAGAACAAGAUUUAUAGGAUACCUUCUGUCCAACAUGAUCAGUUUUACAAAUUUAGACGCGGCAACGUCAACUCUCCCGAUGAUCAACGAAACAAUAGUCAAACUUAUAGCAGAUAUCUCGUUAAAGCUACAUAUCCGAUAGAUGAUCGCAAAGGAAUGGAGAUUAAGAAGAUACAUUCUGUCACAAUGUCGACGACAUUAUCGAAUUUAUCUUUCGAACAAAACACCGAAAAUUUUACAGAGAUCAGUAAGAAUCGCGCAACAAUAGAAAGUGAUAUUUCUAUAACUGAGAAUAAAUUAAAUAACACAUAUAGUACAAUUUCAACAAAGGAUACAAUAUUUGAUACGUUUACAACUCAAUCUUCACCGAUUACUACUACGCAUAAACAAGAAAUGACAUGCGAUAAAUACCACAACUACACUCUGAAAAGAGACGAUGGCAUAUUUCAACAUUUACCAAUAGAUAUACUUAAGAAUGUUCACAGUACUCUGAAAUCGCAGCCAGUGUCGUACGAAGGAAAACUCCACUUUCUCAAAAUGUUUGAAAAAUCAUUAAUGUCGGAAAUAGAAUCUCGUCUUACCGCUACUAUGUCGCCAAAUCGAAAAGUAAGAGGUGCGGAUUAUCACGGACACGGCUACGAGAGUCACGAUGAUCAUUCUAUAGGAUUUCCCUCAAUAGAAGGCGCACUGCUGGCUAUAUCUUUUCUUACGUUCGCAGUUUAUCUUGUUCGAUUAGUCAUGCUUCUUUUUCGAAAUAUGAGUACUCCUAUGACUACUACUACUGCUGGUGCGCUUUUUCUCGGUAAAAGAAAAAGAUCCAUCGAUUUCGAUGACGAUACUGCUAGAAUACUCAAUAUAAUAUGAACAUAUCGUUUCUGACUUUAAAAUUUUUGAAUAUUUUGUAAUACAAACAAUUAAUACUUUUUCUUAAUACUUUUUUGUAAACUUGCAUAACUUUUAAUAAUACAAAUGUAUGUAAAAAUUAUACAAGCUUUAUAUAAUAAAUAUUAAG